UUUAGGGCGCAUGCGGCGAUAGAGGUCUCAGCUCUCGCGAGGUUUCGUCUUCCGGGAAUCGCAGGGGGACGUUCUCCGUGAACGGUGUGGCGAUGUGUGGGGACUGUGUGAAGAAGGAAUACCCCAAUCGGGGAAACACCUGUCUGGAGAAUGGAUCGUUCUUACUGAACUUCACAGGCUGUGCGGUGUGCAAUAAGCUGGAUUUUAUGCUGAUCACAAACAGAUCUCUGAAGGAGGAAGAUGGAGAGGAAAUAGUUACCUAUGAUCAUCUGUGUAAGAACUGUCAUCAUGUAGUGGCCAGACAUGAGUAUACCUUCAGUAUCAUGGAUGAAUUUCAGGAGUACACCAUGCUGUGUCUGUUGUGUGGCAAAGCUGAAGAUACUAUCAGUAUUCUCCCUGACGACCCCCGACAAAUGACUCUGUUGUUCUAAGCUUCCUGCGGGUCUGUUCUCACUGUGCUGGCUUCGUUUACAAUAUAGCAGGCCUAAUGGUUUGUUUAAUAAUGAAAGUUCUUUAUGGUUUUUUUUUCUGCUUAGAUUUACCUACUUGGAAGAAAAAGUAAUUUGGGGAAUUGUUGUUUCCUAGAUUUGAUCUCCUCUGCGAAGGUCCCUGUACACAUCAGGGCAGCCAGAGUGAAAUGUCUUUGCUAGUGGUUAUUUGGCUAGAAAACCACUCGAACCUAUGCACGUUCUGCACUCAGAGGUUGGUUUCCUGUCCAAGGAAUCCAGGACUCCUUGCAAAGUAAAUGAUGAAGCAGGGCAGGAAUUCUACAUGGUGAACUUAGAGUAUUUUAUGCUACAAAAAUAAAUAAAUAAACAAACAAACAGCAACAACAUAAACCCACAAAAAACAAACCACAGUGAUUAAGGGAUGGUCAGACAAGAACUCCCAGUGAACACAGCAGUAGUAAUUUGAAAAUAAGUGACUUGAUAUUGGAUUAUAGCCCAGAAUGUGUACUCAAUAUCCAUGGGUCCAUGGUGAUAGCAAUGAUUGGAUGGAUGGAUGGAUAAGUAAACAAGGGAGGAAGAGAGAAAGGGAGGAAGGGGCGUGGAUUUCUGCUGGUCCUACUUCCUCAGUGUGGGCUGUGUGCCUUCCUUCCGGAGUAGCAUGGAGAGGGGAAAGAGGGACUUUAAGGAAGAGGGCCCUUACAAACCCUGGCUUAGCCAGGCGAUCCAGGUUAAUACUGCCAACGGUACGCCAUCUUGAUGUCAGACACCCUUGAUAUGAUGCAGUGUGAAGAUCUCUGAGUUUUUCUUCGCAGAGAGCCAUAAUCUUUGUAAUCAUAAUCUCCACCAAGUUCAUUUCUACAGACUGAUAGUAUCUUUCAAAGCAACUAAGGUCUUCAAAAAAAAAAAAAAUCUGAGAAACUAGGAGGCUAAGGAGGAAUGGUAACCGAAUGUAAUGGGACCUAAAUGGAAGCCUAUCCCAGAGGAAGGACGCAUGCGAGAAACCAGAGACAUCGGAGUAAAGGAUGUAACGUAAGUUUAUAGGAUCUCAUUUACUCCAAAGGGAUCGUAGAAUGUGUUGUGUGCAUAAUUGAAAGAGCACUGGCUUGGUGGUCAUAGCCCUGGCAUCUAGGCCACAUUGUCCUUUGGAAGCAGAUAGCCACUAAACAGAGCCGUACUCAGACUUCAGUAUCCUGUUUCUGUAAAGUAGGCUAACAGAAUGUGAUAGUGUACUCCUCUUGCAGUAUUAGUGAGUGUAAAAUACUUCAGAAAGCCUAUAAAGUUCUAGAUACAAUGAUGUGCCUUCAGUUCUUAGUCUAACACCCAAACUUAAAGGGAACAGGCAUCAGAAACGAAAUUGUUGGGGCUGGAAAGAUGGCUCAUCGGUUAAGAGUACUGGCUACUCUGCUAAAGGACCUGGGUUCAAUUCCCAGCACCUACAUGACAGUUCACAGCUGUCUAUAACUCAAGUUCCAGGGGAUCUGGCACCCUCACACAGACAUACAUGCACGCAAAACCCCAAUGUACUGAAAUAAAAAUAAAUCUUUUUUGUUUGUUUUUUGUUUUUCGAGACAGUUUCUCUGUGUAGCUUUGCACCUUUCCUAAAUCUCGCUCUGUAGCCCAGACUGGCCUCAAACUCACAGAGAUCCUCCUGACUCUGCCUCCUGAGUGCUGGGAUUAAAGGUGUGCGCCACCACAACCCAGCUAUAAAUAAAUCAUUUUAAAAAAUUGUUUCCUCAUUGUAUCUAAGGGUUCCCCUCUAAGAUACACAAAAAUUGAGCAAUUGUACAGUGCUAUACCAGGGAACCCUUUUUAUUCUGUAGCAGUAGUAAUAGUAGUGGCACUUGAGUACUGCUCAGUGCCACAGCCUUGAACACACUUACACUGCCAUGAGUGUGGGACCCUUGCAGCCACUGAACACACUCACUUACACUUCAUGAGUGUGGGGCCCUUGCAGCCACUGAACACACUCACUUACACUGCCAUGAGUGUGGGACCCUUGCAGCCACUGAACACACUCACUUACACUUCAUGAGUGUGGGGCCCUUGCAGCCACUGAACACACUCACACUGUCAUGAGUGUGGGGCCCUUGCAGCCACUGAACACACUCACUUACACUGCCAUGAGUGUAGGACCCUUACAGCCACUGAACACACUCACUUACACUUCAUGAGUGUGGGGCCCUUGCAGCCACUGAACACACUUACACUUCAUGAGUGUGGGGCCCUUGCAGCCACUGAACACACUCACUUACACUUCAUGAGUGUGGGGCCCUUGCAGCCACUGAACACACUUACUUACACUUCAUGAGUGUGGGGCCCUUGUAAUCCACUUUCAGAGCCAGGAAGAACCUGCAUGAAGUCAGCAGCUCAGAGUCACGUGCUACCGUGUGACCUCCUCCCAGCUCCCAGCGGGAGUGCCGGUGAACAUGAGGUAUAAAGCUUUGCCAGGUGAGGAAGAGGUCGGUUCAGGGUCGGUGACGGCCCUCCACAGAACCUUGGCAUGUCAGACAAAGAUUUAUUAUUCAGAAAGUUCAGUCAGCUGCCCCAGAAGGGUCAGUUGGUUUAUUCCUGGAAAAUACUUUCCAUUUUGCUCCAGAUCUAUAUCUGCCCUGCUGAGGAAAUGGUUUCAUCAAAUGAGUCCAAAGGCAGAGAACUGCCUCAUUUCUGUAAAUAGCAGCAGGGAGCCAUUGCAGCCUUGAGCGGCCCCUUUUGGAGUCCGCUGAUAGUCUAGCUUAGUCAUUUGAAGCUGAAGAGUAUGAUCCUGUAUGCCCUGAAGACACCUCAUCUACCACGGAGUAUUGUAAAAUUAUCCACCUGUUUCGGAUACAGCUUAGAAAAUUUCAAAACACAAGAUCCAGUCUGUUUAUUUCAUUGUUACUCAGCCAGCUGAGUGUUGUGCCUUGUGACUCUGUCGUCUCAAGGAAUUCUUCUGGGGGUCUAACAGAAUAAAAAUGUCUUAAAUCUA